UUCAAUUAGUGCAUAAUUUUGUUCUUCAUAUGUUGUGUUGUGUUUGACGACGGUUUAUUGAUGCGCUAUCUGGAACCUGUUCCUUCGGUGUUGUCCCAUGAGUCAUAACUUCUCGCCCGGCUUAGUGUUAUUCGAAUACCCAUCAGGGAAGAAUGUUUCUCUUUAGUGAACUGUUUGUGUAUUUAAAGUUUCGAUAAUGAGCGAUAACGACAGAAAAAUCAGUUGUUGCGGUGACGCCUUUGAUGUUUUCAAAUCAGAUUUAAGAUUUAACAUUCGCAGAAGUUGGGUAAAAACGAAGAAGCUUAAAGCGGUUGUGUUUGAUGUUGAUAGCUUGCGACGAGGCGCUGGCGUCAACGUUCAAGACGACAAUGGCUAUACACCUCUCCAUCAUGCCUGUUUACACGGUCGCAAAGAGAUAGUCCGCUUGUUACUUGCCGCUGACGCGUCACCAUGCGUGGUAGACAAGAAGGGUGCUACGCCCCUCCACCUGGCCGCGUUCAAGGGCGAUUCCGAUGUGGUGGCAAUGCUCCUCGCUCAUAACAACCCCCCCGUCAAUAUUGACCAGCUGACAUCCGACCACGAGACAGCCCUGCUCAUAGCGGCCCACUUUGGCUAUGUGGACGUGGUGGCGCAGCUCAUGGCUAAAGGAGCUGACGUCACCAUCGAGAACAACAACGGGGAGAGCGCCCUGGACCUCGCAGCACAGUAUGGAAGGUUGGAGACAGUUCAACACCUACUAAGAGUGAGGCCGGAGCUGGUAGACCAAUACUAUAUACCGGACGACAAACAAUGGAUUUUCACCUCCACGCCGCUACACAGGGCGAGCAAGCAUGGUCGCAAGGAGGUGGUAGCCGCCCUAAUAAAGGCCGGUGUAGACCCCAACAUUCGCACGGCGAACGGAACCGCACUUCACGAGGCCGUAUGCUUCGGGAAACAUUCAGUUGUUCGCGUGUUGUUAGACAACGGCGCGAAUAUUGACGCGAGGGAUUCCCAGGGGAAGACCGUGUACGAUCUUCUGGCUGACUAUUCCGAGGAAGCGACGAGAAGGGUGCGAAGGGCUCUCAAAGAUUACGAGAGCCGUCGCCACCAGCGCAGUGUGUACGAGAGCGAUGACGAUCUCUUACCGCCCUUCCCCGUGCCCGGCCCCGACCACAGCCCCACCGGCUACCACCAUAGCAAUAUUAUGAAAGCCCCAGAGACCCAGAAAAAUAUUAACUUAAACAAAAGCUUAAUAUCUCCAUCUUCAUCUUCUCUAACAAAGAAUCAUCCUCAAAGUUUUGUUAAAAAACUUGCUUCGAAGUGCUUGGGUCUAAAGGCUAAAUUUAAUUCGGCACCUAACAUUUCUAACAAUUCUGGUCAUGAAUCAGUUGUCGAUGUAAAAAAUAAAGGUACUGAACAUAAAACUUCAAAUACUUUGUUAAUUGGCAACAGCAAGUUCUUCAAUAAAAUCCUUUUGAAAAAAGAAGAGUCAGGAGAAAUAAAUUGUAACGACGAAUUCGACACAAUAUCACUGGAUAGAAUUAGUACACUUAAUCGUGACUCUGUUGUUAACAAAAGCAAUCGCAGUUGCCCUGGUUUUAAAACAUCUUUACCAAAUAUAAGCGAAAAUAACGAAUUGAGCGAUUCUCAAGAUUCAGUACAUGAAAUUGCAGAUGAUUUUGUAGUAGUUAAGGCAACCAGUUCUCCAAAUACGUCGAACAUGUUAAAUGUUAGUAGCCGGGAUGCAAAUUUAAUUUUUGAACCAAGAGAUAAUAGGAUGUCAGUUUCAUCAAAUCAUUCAUCGGAAUCGGCACAUUUUACAAAUGAAUGUUAUGAAUCAUUUGAAUUUACUAAUUCUAUUAACAAGAAUCCCACAAAUAUUCCUCAACCACCUCCAAGGCCGAGUGCAGUAAUACCUAAAUUUCAAAAUGAAAAUAAAAUUUAUGAAAAUGUUACUAUUGAUCCAAAAAAAAAUUAUCCAGUGCCUGCCGUCCGAACUCACUUGCCUUCUAAAAAAACACAAGAACCAGAAAAGCCAACAUUGUAUGAGAACAUUUCCUUGGCGCAUGAAAAAAAAACGCCACAACCCCCUAAAAGAAUUAUUGUUGCGUUGCCAGUACAAUCAAAUGUUACAGAUACUUCUUUACGUAGCAAUAGUAGAUCAUCAAGUACAUCCACUGAUUCAGAUUCUUUUAUAGACGAAUCUAAUCUAGAGGAUAUAUUGUUAUCAGAGAAGUCUAAAUCGUUUCGUCGUAGCAAGGAUUUAGAAAUAUAUGCAUGCAAAAAUGAAGCUGUAGUGAGAACACUAUCAAAUGCGUCUGACAUGACAGAUAUAACAGACGCGAGUGCAAUAGAAAAUGUUGAUUGUAGUGAAGACGUAGAGAAAUCAAUGUAUUUACCAAUGACAGGUACGCUUCCUACAAAAAAGAAAGAAAUUUUAGAUAAAAAACAUAUUUUCAGACACAAAACCUUUACUAAUAUUGAAAUAGAUAGAAAUUCUUACAAAGCACCAGAAUUUCCCAAAUGGAAUAAUGAUUUUCUGAAGGAAACUUUAGCUUCUUAUCAUAUAAGAGGUACAGGUCACUGCAUCUAUAAAGCACCAACGGUGCAAGAAUUUUUUAAUAUCUUCAAUAGAGAUACUCUUCGUAAACCAAGUAAAACACCUGAUGACAAUAUCGAUUCCUUUGAGACAGCCAUAUGUUUUUGUAAGCCAAAGCUUAAUAAAAAUCACAAUAGUGCUGAAGACUUAUUAGACGUUUGUCCUCUAGAGGAACACGAUCAGGUGAAUAUAGAUUUUAGCGCAUUAAGCAAUGUACAAGAAAUGAAUAGAACUUCAUUUCGAUGUUUCUGUGAUUCUAAAACAUGCACAUUUCAUUCGGAUAAACGAGAUUCUGGCAAUCUCAUAGUAAAAUUUUCGGCAAUCAAGAAAAGUAUUUCUACGCCAGAUAUAACUUUAGGUAUUUAUUCUUCACUUCGGCGAAGCGGUCUUAUUAAAAAUAAGUCAGUGCCAUCGAAUUUAGAAGAACCUUAUGCUGUUGUCAAUUUAGCAGACAUUAUAGCAAGAAAUAAUUCAGUUGAGAAAGUAAAUAAAAGCCCCAUAUACACUCCAAUGUUCCCACAUACUACUUUGUCAUCUACGUCUUCCAGUCGUCUUUAUUCGAUAAAAGAUAUAGCAGAUGUUAUAUCAUUAAGUGAUACUUCUACAUCGACAACUGCUCCUGACCCUUCUGCUUCUGAUACUACUUUACAUAAAUCGGGCUCGGAAUACGCUGGUCAUUGGUCGUUACAAACGUGCGAUUCAAACGUCACGAUCAAAUCUGACGCGACGUUUGUAACAUGUUUCGGGGAUUCAUCAGAUGAUUCUGACGAUACGUUGCAUUCCGACGAAGACGUCUCGGACGCGGAAACUGUUAAAUCUGACGUGAGCACCACUAAACGUCCUUGGGUUCAUAGUAACUCGUUCAAUUUUGGUCAUAAAGGUCCGAAAUUUGAGCAGAAUGUUAUAACUGAAGAGAUGGGUUCAUUGAAUGAUUCUAGUUCAUCUAAAGUCGAGAGUGGUAUAAGUGUGAAGGGGUCCGAGAGUUCUUUUUCGGAUUGUGAUGAUGGUAUUCCGAGGGUCGAUGGUGAUGUGUCGCUUGGUGCUUCGCUUGAGCGGGGUUCGGGGGUGGUCGCGGGUGUUCGCAGCGGGUCGGGGCGGCGGCGGUGGGACGAGGCGGAAGGCACGAGCGAGGGAGACGCUCUCAGCAUCUCGAGCGCAGCCUCCAGUUGCGCGCCACUCCAUCUCGCGCAUCAUCACGAGUACAAUAAAGUUUCGCCUACGCCUCCCAAGAAACCUCCCCGAAGAAACCUGUCGGUAUCCCCAACCCACGCCAAUUCCCCGUCUUCCGGGUACAGCUAUGAGCUAAGGCCCCACGCUAGAAGUCAGGACGACUUGGAUGAUAUACAGGGUGCUAAACACUACCUCAAACACGGUCGUUCCGUCGAUCAGUAUGUGGACGGUAAACUCUCGUACGUCGAUUACGAAGACCACCCCUCUCCCAGAAUAGCCCCCGUUCCCAACCCUAGACCCAGCCUCAAAAACCGUACCCAACCCGUCGCCAUCACGGCUAUGUACGAAAAUGUCGUUAUAAAAGAACAAAAUCCACGAAGGAAAUUAAGAAGAAACAACUUCGGCCCCCAAAACGAGGGUAGUGAUAAAAUGAACGAUAACAGAGUGAGAAAGUACUCUCACCAAGAAAGGUCUUCCUUAGAAAGUUUAUUAGACGAUAUAUCGAUGAAUAGUCCGAGUGAUGGUGAACGGUAUUACGAUGGACAUAAGGCUGAUAUUCCGUUAUCGCCGACGCACUAUGACCAGCCUCCGACGCCGGACCACCCCCCACCUUCGGCCAGACAAGCAGAGAACAGCAUACACGAAAGGAUCAGACCGCUAAGUCAGCUUAUAAUGGAGGUUGUAGAAGAAAUAAGAAUUAGAAAAAAAUCGCAGGGUGAUAUAACAAGUAGUUGAUGGAAUUUAUUCUUAAAAAUAUUAUAAUAUUUGUAAGACUAGUCUUAACUUGUGGUGCUCUGAAGUUGUGGUUAUUCAGAAAAGUAUAUUGUUAAUACAUAUAAUUGAAGAGCAUAUGCAUAUAAUUUUAAUAUUCCAUAAGGUGCUAAUAUAUGUUUUAUUUCUAAAUUAUAGUCAUUAUACCGGUGAAAAAGGAGCAUUUUCAGGUAUAUUUGCUGUUAUUAUCAAGGUCUACUACACAUUACCGUAAUCUACUUAAGUUUUACGUUAUUUUUGAUUUGAUUUUAAUUUUUUUCUUAUCGUAUUACCACAUGACAGUAUAUUUGUAAUGUAAAAAUUAAUUUUAUUUAGGUUGUAAGAAAUAAAAAUGAAGUAUACAUAUUAUAUUAGUCAAUGACUUAAUUUUUGAAGUUAUAAAGUAGACUGAAGAAUUGUAAAAAAUGCGUUCCAUUUAAAAUUGGUUUCCUUUAUAUAUUAUUUUGAUUAUUUUAGAUUAAUUUCUGUAUUAUUUCAAGUUUUUUUAGUUAAGUUACGUAAAUAAAUUUCCUUGUAAUGUGAACAAUU